AGUAUUUCAUCCAAAUACAAUAUCCCCACAUAGCAAAUUCUAUCAAUUUUCUGCUGCUUUUUUUGCUUGCAUACAAAUGGAUACCGAAAACAACAACGUCAAAUACGAUGAGAAAUUCAUAGUGAGUCCACGUGGAGUGAAGCUAUUCAGCUGCCGAUGGGGACCCACAGAUACAGAGGCAAAAGCUCUGAUUUUUCUCUGCCAUGGCUACGGCAUGGAGUGUAGCAUCUCCAUGAGAGGCUGUGCUGCUAGACUAGUGAAGGCGGGCUAUGAAGUGCACGGGAUUGACUGCGAGGGCCAUGGGAAAUCGUCCGGCCUGCUCGGGCUUAUCACCAGCUUCGAUGAUCUCGUCGACGAUCUCUCCGAUCACUUCACCAAUAUAUCCGAGAGGAAAGAGAAUAGGAAUAAGCUGAGGAUAUUAAUGGGGGAAUCAAUGGGAGGGGCGAUGGUCCUACGCUUGCAUAGAAAAAAGCCUGCCUUUUGGGAUGGUGCCAUCCUUGUUGCUCCCAUGUGUAAGAUUGCUGACGAGAUAAAACCAAGCCCCGUGGUUAUCACUAUUGUGAUCGCUUUGGCUCGCAUCAUCCCUACGUGGAAAGUUACUCCAACUCCAGAUAUAAUUGACAUUGCCUUUAGGGAUCCACAAGUUAGACAAGAGGUUAGGUCCAACCCUUACACAUACAAAGGCCGACCUCGACUAUUAACAAGCUGCCAACUCUAUUCAGCUAGCAUUGAUUUGGAACAAAGGCUUGAAGAGGUUUCGUUGCCGUUUAUUGUUCUGCACGGGGAAGAAGAUAAGGUGACGGAUCCAUCGGUGAGCAAAACACUACAUGAAACUGCACGCGCAACGGACAAGACCAUCAAGCUGUACCCGGGAAUGUGGCACUCGUUGUCGUACGGUGAGCUCCCAGAAAAUCUCGACAUCGUAUACUCCGACAUCGUCAACUGGGUUGACCAAAGAUUGAGCGGUAGAUUGGAAGAGCAACUCAAAUCUGCUAAUGAUAAAAAUGCCUGCUAAAUAAGGAUCGAUGAUAUUUUAUGGAAGCUCUUAUGUUAAUGGUUUAUCAUGCUUUAAAUAAUUUGUUUUUUGUUUUUUCAACCUAAGUUAUUACUACUAUUCUUUAAAUACAGCCUAUCUUUUCCUCCAUUGUAUUGUAUCCACUCUAAAGAGUGCAAUUUACCGAGUGUUUGCAAUUUAUUGAAUGUAUUAGUGACUUUGUCAAUA